UUUACCCCAAGGUAUAGCUUCGAGAGCUGAUCAGGUUUGUUAUUACAGGAGUAUAUAAAACAACGAGAGGAGAAUGCGUAGGUUUAAAUUUUAUUACAGUUGGGUUUUCGAAAAGUUCAAUUUGAAGACUUUUAAGUAGAAUUUUGAUAUUUUUGGUAGUAAAAAUAAUAAGAAUGAGGAACCGGAGAAGAAUUUAGAAGUGGAGAAAAAUAAGGAUAGAAAAUCUUUUAGACAAAAUUUAAGAAAACAAAACUUUUUAUCAUGAAAAGUUAUUAAUCAAGCAAAAGGAUUAAGCUAUGAUAAUAUUGAUAAAUUCAUUGUUCAAAAUGGUCCUGUUUAAAAAGCCUACUUCAAAGCUCUCUGAUAAAAUUGAAAAACUUGGCCAGAAGGUACUCCCAAUUCAACCAAACAACUUCAUAAAAUUUGAUGAUUCGUCAUCAGAAAGGACUUCCGAGAAUGAGCCAGUUGCUAACCUCCCCUCAGAACAUCCUAGGUCAGUCUUUAACUGAUCAAAAGGGAUUAAGUCCAAGGACUCUCAGAAAACUGUUCAUUCAAUGGAAGAAGGCGUUGAGAGGGUCAACAUGCUGAUUGAUAAGAAAAUUUCGAAUGAGAUCCGCUCUGUCAAAGGAAGGCUAGCCCAGCCCUCCUUUGCCAAGACUGAAACUAAAAGAAAGAUGAUUAACGAUAAAAGAAAAAUGUAUUAUACUUCAAAGUCAAAUGUCUUCUCGAUGGUAAACAAAGAAGUCAAUGUGAAGGAUCUAAGAGAUUCAAAGCCCAUAGUUCCUAAACCUAGCACAACAUUAAAGUUAAAUAAAAAGAUUGGGAAAAGGAAGGUUAAGAUCCAGCUUAAGAAGAAUUCAUUGAGUAUUCCUAAAUUUGAUCCUGCUGAUAUUUCUUCUGGCCUAAGUGAUAUCACCAAGUCCUAUAUUCCUGACUUUGGUUAUGCAAACCAACUGGAGUUCGACAGACAGCAUGGGUGGGAACUUGUGCUAGAUUUUAUCUCAAAGUAUCCUCGGAGGGCCAAGACUGCUAACACAAUAAAUGACCUGAUCAAGAAGAAAGAGAUUAUUAGCCAAAAGAGGAAGGAUGUCGUCAAAAACAAGAAUUUCAUCAGGUUUAUCAAUCAGCCGGAGGACAGGAAGUCAAACUACCCCAUAAUUGAAAGAAUGAUCAAAAUUAGAGAAGAUUUCGAGAACUUUUAUGAUGAGUUUGUUGAAUUCUCAAGAGAUUUUUACAUCAUGAAGGGUACAAUCAAAGCACAUCAGCGGAAAGUGAAGUGAAGAGUCAGGAAGCUGCUUGAGUGGAAUGAUAUGAGAGGCUCGAAAAUCAAAAUUAACACAGGUGAAUCCUCACACAUUCUUAGUAAAUUCUCUUCAAAUCUCCAAAACGACGAAAGUUCCAGUGAUUCUAGUGUCAAUACGAAAAGAAAAAAAAUGAUACAGCUCGAACACCAAAUGUCAAUGAAAUUUGAUGAGUAUUACUUUAAGCAUAAGAGAGUGCCAGUUGGACUGAAUAAAAAGAAAAAGCAUCUCUCUGACAACAACUUUGGAGCCAAGAAACCAGCCAUGAAUGCUGAAAGUGAGGGCUGGAACGGGGACCAUUCUGAAAAGGAUUCUAAAAUAGUGUCAUCAUGCGAUAACGAAUUUUUGAGGAAAUCUCCUAUCAAGAAAUCGAAUGAUCCUGCUUUUUUAAAAGAAAAGAGGAUUAUGAGUCAUGAUUUUACUACAAGGCAAGCUGAAAAGCUUUACAAAGGAGAUUGAAAGAAGGACACACUAGAACCUUUCCUAAAUGCUCAGAGUAUUUACAUGAAGAAUUUAGUCCAGAACUUCCAAAGAAUGAUCAGUGUACUUAAAUAGCCAAAAUGCCAACAGCGAUCUCAAAAGCCUUGAUAGAAUAAAGGAAGAAACACAGGAUGAUCAAUAUGCCUCCAGUAGGCUCAAAAAUAUCAGAGUAAGACAGAACCUGACCCAUAUUAGAUUGCUAAACUCUCUUUCAGUCUCAAAACUUGAGUGUAGUGUCAAGGAUUUCAUGUCACAAAUAGUUGAAAAACUUAACGAAAUGCUUGGAAAAAACGAAUCUGAGCUAAAAUAUUUCAAAAAUAACCUUCAAAGGCUAAUGUCCUCUUAUAAAUCUGUCAAUUCCCCCAAGCCUGUUCAUAAACGAGUGAGGAGCCAUACAAGGAAGGUGGAGAUAAGCAGGAAUUUUGGCGAUGCUUCCAAAACUAUUAAGAUGAAACCGAGGCUCAUGUCGCCGAGAAUCAAGAAUUUUGUGAAGCUGAAUUUGGGACAGAGCAAAAGAUUCAAGAUUAAGGGAAGAACAAGAUUUAAGAGAAUUUAUCUCAAUGAUUAUAUGAAUCCAUCUAGUAUUAGAAAAAGGAUGAAUACUAGGUAUAAAAAGGAUGCCAGAUCUAAUGUGUUCACUCCUCCUAGUACAAGGCCUCAGACAAUGACGCCAUUCACAGUAGGUUCCAAAGAAGAUCUUGUCUUAAAAUAAGAUAGCUUCUGAUACAAUAUCCGAAUCAGGAGAUAUCUCUACAAAAGUUUCAGUACUAAAGAGAUCUCAGUUUAAAAACUCAGUACUCUCAACCUCAAGGAAUCAGGCAUUCCACAAAGUAGGCAAAUGCUUCAGCCCAGAGAUGGCGCUUCGGACUUGCUCGGACAGGUUCAAGUAUAAAUAACCAAGCUUUAUUAAGAAUAAAAAUUUAAGUCA